AUGGAGCUCCUUCGCUGUGUCGCAGAGAUCUGCUGCGGAGAGAGCCCCCAAAAGCCCAGGCCCCUGGCGCAGCCAGGGCCCGGGGUCACCGGGGCGCCAGCCCCCAGCCAGGUGGCCUUGACUGGUCGUAGGAGGAGUCUGCUGGUCGGUAUCAAUUACUUUGGCACCCAGAACGAGCUGCAUGGAUGUGUCUCUGAUGUCCAGCGCAUGCUGCCCCUUUUGGACAAGCUCGGAUUUCCCAGUGAUGCAGAGAGCCGGCGUGUGCUGGUUGAUGCGCCAGACUGGCCGCAGCACCUUCACCCAACCUUGGCCAACAUGAGGCAGGGCAUAGCCUGGCUGACCCAAGAUGCCCAGCCAGGGGAUUCGUUGCUGUUCCAUUACUCUGGCCACGGUGGGCACAUGCCCCGAUCGGACGGGCGCAGCGAGUGGCACGAAACACUUUGCCCAGUGGACAUGGAUGCCGAGGGUAUGCUCUUGGACUCCGAGCUCUUCGAGACGCUGGUGCGGCCACUGCCGAGUGGCUGCAGACUCACGUGCAUCCUUGACAGCUGCCACAGUGGUGGUGUACUGGAUCUGCCAUUUAUCUUUGUUGGUACUCAAGAAAAUUUAGCCUCUGCUUUGGCUGGCGAAGCUGCGCAGAUGGUGAUGUCAAAGAACUGGCUUCAGGACUGGCAGGCUUGGCAGGACGGUGACGAUCCGGCAAUGUUGCUCUCGGAUGCGGCCUCCAUGGGAAUGGACCUCUGGAGCCUCUGGGGCAAGUAUAGUGAGACCCGGGAGGCCAACGAGCAGGGCUUUCGCACCGAUGAGGCCGAGAACGCGGGCGUGGCUGUUGGCGAGGUGGUUGCCUUCACAGGUUGCGCCUCCGAGCAAACGAGUGCCGACGUCGGAGAUGUGGGAGCUCAGUUCCAGCUUCAGCCCACCCUGGGUGCAGCAAAUGCAGGAGGACACUUGCUGCUUGAGGGCGCCGGCAGGGCUGGAGGUGCACUGACCUCGGCGUUCAUUGAGGCGAUGCAAACUCAGGGCGAGGAGACGUAUGUGCAGCUCUUGGAGCAUCUGCGGCAGCGGCUGGAGAGCGCAGGAUUCAGCCAAGUUCCACAGUUGGCGUCCAGUUUAGUCCUGGACCUGAACACUCCGUUCUCAGUGGACAAGAUCACACCCCCGCCUCAACCUGGGCAGAUGCCAUCGAAAUCCGUGGAUCGUGACAUCCCCGGCUAUGGUGGCUAUGGAUGCACAGACCAGAACCAGGGCUCCGUUUUCUCGGACAUGCUCGCUGGGGUGCAGAACAUGCUCAUGGCGGAAGAGGCUGCAAAGCUCAUGGAGGAAGCAGGCGAUCUGCUCAUGGACAACGCGGCACCCGACGACGACUUCUGA